UUGACAUGUUCUAUGACUUAUGGAUUGUUCUUGUCGGACUGAUUUGACUUCAACGUCACACACGUUUCUUUCUCAGAAGCGCUGAGAGGAACUGAACCGGUUUAAAGGUCACAAGAUCAAGGAGUGUACCUUUAAAUGUAUUGUUCUCUGAUACAACAAACCAACUAUCAACAUAACUCCCUAAUAGGACGCACUCUUAUAAAAUAUAGCAAUGUGAGAAGCAACAGAAUAGGACUUUAUUCUGAUUAUGUUAUGAGUGUUUAGCACAACACACGUUCUCUAACUCUAAAUCUUUCCCAGAUAUCAGUAAUAAUUAUUUCAAAAGAUAUCAAUCGCCAACAAGACAAGAACAAAAAUGUUCUGGUUCUGAGAUUUCAAGGAACAACAACAUUAAACCGCUCUCAGGAGUUUUCAGGAAGCACACAUUGAUGAAACAGUUCCAGUGAUGCUCGCUCCACCCACCCAGGUGAGGUUUGACUCUGUGGACUAUAAAAACAUUGUGAACUGGACUCCACCAACCAACAGAAGCUCACUGCAGUUCUACGUCCAGUGGAAGAUUUAUGGCGAGCCUCAGUGGUUGGACGUGGACGGCUGUCAGGGGAUCAAGAAGCCGCAGUGUGACCUCAGUGUCGUGACCUCCGACCCCAGAGAGUGGUAUUACGCCAGAGUGCACGCUUCCUCCCUGCCCUCCAGCAAAUCAGCCUGGGCCCUCUCCCCGAGGUUCAGCCCGCGCUGGGACACCAAAAUCAGCUCUCCUGUGUUGAGGCUGAACCUCACGGAGCAAGGGAUUGUGGUCCGCGUGAAGCCCCCCAGGCAGAUGGUCCGUAAGAUGCACAGCAUUCUGCACUACGAGAUCUACCUGCUUCACCCCAGUGGACAGGAGGAGGCGUUUAGGCUGAACUGCUGCUCCAACAAGCUCACUCUGAAGAAGCUGACCCACAAGGACAAAUACUGCCUGCAAGCCCAGACCCUGAUCCCCCUGCAGGCCAAGAGCAGCGCGCGCAGCCCCGUCAAAUGUGUCACUACGCUCUGAUCCCACAGACUAACCAAAGCUGGACUUUCCCUCCGUGAGUCCGGCUUUACUUAUCCUUCGCUACCUCGACGACCAGCAGCCGUAAAUAACCGUUCCAGUAAAAAGUGCUGCACUUUAUUCUCAAGAGCAUGAAAUAAUCUGACAUAUUUAAUUGUGGAGUUCACUUUUGACUUUCGCCCACAGGGCACAAAUAAAUAAAUAUUGUUUUGAAAUAGUUAUAAGAUCAUCUUAACUCAAGGUCCACUUUUCAGGGUUUCCCCCUCAGUUGAUUCCAUGCGCUGAUCAUGAUGUGACAUGCGGUUCAUCGACCUUGAGUAAAGAUGAUGUUGUUCAUAUCUUUUCAUUAUAGACACACUACAAGCACAAUGAAGUAGUUUAUGUUAUAACUGAUUCUUCCAACUGACUCCAGUAACCAAAAAUCUGAUGACGAGCAUAUGUUUGUUCUUUUUGUCUUAACAUUUCUCUUUGUUUCCUUUGAAUGGAGAACAAAAAUAAUCAUUUGUUCAGGGACGGGAAGGAUGAAGUUUAUACUGUCUUAAUAUUGUGACCUCAAUUUGUACGUUUUCUCAGCAACGCUCGAUAAAUAUCAUGAGCUUACACCUCU